AUGCAAGCUUUAUUUAUUAUGACAUCUUACAUUCACGACAUUGGACUGUUACCAAGACCUCAACCCAAAUUACCUACUAAUGUCAUGGACUUGUUCUCAUUAAAGGGUAAAGUAUGCUCAGUUACCGGUUCCUCCACGGGUAUAGGGUAUGCUGUGGCCGAAGCAUACGCACAAGCCGGUGCAGAUGUAGCCAUUUGGUAUAACUCGCAUAAUGCAGAUGAUAAAGCUAAGAAGUUAGCAGACACUUAUGGAGUUAAAGUCAAGGCUUACAAGUGUAACAUUGUUGAUCCUGAGCUGGUUGAAACCACUAUAAAGACUAUUGAGUCUGAUUUUGGGAAAAUUGACGUUUUCGUCUGUAAUGCUGGUAUUCCCUGGACUGAAGGACCAUCGAUUGAUGCUAAAGGGUGGGAUCUGUUCAAUAAAGUUGUUGAUAUCGACUUGAAAGCCCUCUACUAUUGCGCUAAAAUUGUCGGACAAAUUUUUAAGAAACAGGGUUAUGGAUCUUUAAUUUUAACUGCCUCUAUGUCUGGACACAUUGUUAAUGUACCUCAAUUGCAAGCCCCCUAUAAUGCGGCCAAAGCAGCUGUGUUGCAUUUAGGUCGGUCAUUGGCUGUGGAGUGGGCCGGCUUUGCCCGGGUGAAUUCUAUUUCUCCGGGGUAUAUACUCACCGAAAUUUCAGAUUUUGUCAGUGAGGACAUCAAAUCUGAAUGGCACAAGCUUACUCCCAUGGGAAGAGAAGGCCAGACACAAGAAUUGGUUGGUGCAUAUUUGUAUCUCGCUUCCAAUGCUUCUACAUACACCACAGGUUCCGAUAUUAAGGUUGACGGUGGAUACUGUGCACCGUAA